AUGGCUCGACUGCUUGUUUUGGUGAACUCCGUCUUCCUGUUGCUUUUCGGCAGCGACAUCUUCUUGGUGGGAGCGAACCGGCCUCCUGCUCCUGUCAAUGUAUCUGUCAUGCACCUGAGGGCCGACUCUGCAACAGUAACCUGGGAGGUUCCCGAAGGAGAUAUAAUCAUCGGUUUCUCCAUCUCACAACAGAGGCAGGACGCUCACAUGCAGCGGUUCAUCAGAGAGGUCAACACCACCAGCCGGGCCUGUGUUCUCUGGGACCUCGAGGAGGAGACAGACUACAUCAUCCAGGUCCAGUCUAUUGGCUUGUAUGGGGAGAGCCAGGCCAGUAAGAAAGUUCAUUUCCGUACCCUCAAGAAGUCUGAUCGCUUCCCGUCCAACAGCUCCAACCAAGAUGACCCUACUGUGCAGGGCCUGGACAAGUCCAGACACCUACAGACAGGAGAGAUGAUUAUCAUUGUGGUGGUGCUGGUCAUGUGGGCAGCCGUCAUUGCCCUGUUCUGCCGACAGUAUGACAUCAUCAAGGACAACGACUCCAGCAACAGCAAGGAGAAGGCCAAACCAUCCUCGGAGAGGAGCACUCCGGAGCACCACAGCGGAGGCCUGCUGCGGAGCAAGUUUCAUCCAUCUGUGGCAUCUAUCAACAUCAUUGAAGUUUGA